AUGUCACACUCUACACAGGCCUGUCCGUCUGUCCUCACACGUCUGGCUGGCGCGCUGGCCUCCCAGCUUCUCUCGGCCUCCUGGCCGUGCGCCCCGCCUGCCGCUGUGUGGGUGUCGGGCUGGCAGUGCGCAGAGGGGCGCGGCUCGGCCCUCCCCUCCACCGCUUCCCCCCAGCUCAGGAAUGACCCGGGCGGCGGCCCGGCGCUGCUGAGGCCCCAGAGUCGCGGCGCAGGGCGGCGGGAACGGGCGGCCGUGGCGUGGGCGGCUGCGCGGGGCCAGCGGAGGGCCGGGCGGGGCUGCGGCAGGGCAGGGCCGGCACCGGGAAGCCACUGCCGCCACCGCCGGCUCGGCCGGGGAUCGCGGGCCCCGGGUCGGCUCGGCCGGGCCCCGCCCCGCCCCGCCCCUGCACGCCCGGGCAGGCCGUGUCGGAAAGGCGCGCCCCCCGCGACGCCCGAGCCCGAGCGCAGCGGCAUCCGAGCGGGAACCGGAACGCGAGCGGGAGUGGAGCCAGAGCGGGAACCCGAGCUGGAGCCGAAGCUGGAGCCGGCAGUGCGGCGCACGGAGCGGAGCGAGGCAGCCAAGCCGAGUAAGGGGCGUGGGGCCGGGGGCGGCGCUGGGGAGGGGCGGGGAGGGGGUCCCGGCCCCCUCCCCCGCGCUCUGCGGCGGCCCCAGCGCACGCACACACCCCGGGGGCACUCAACGCUGACCCGGGGAGGAACCGCUGCGCGCUUCGAACGGGAUCCCCCCUCUCCCGCGGAUCCCUGCCCCGACCCCCGCGCCCCCGGGCGGGCCACCGGGACCCGCGCGGACCGUGGCUGCCCCUGA